UGCAUGUGUGUGGUGUGGCGUUGUGGCACGACAAGCAGCGAAGUCCCCGUCUGUUGCUCUUCCAUUGAUCCGGGCAAGAGUUGUGUAGCCAAGCAAUUUUGGCUGCUCAGAUAAACCGAAGGAGACCUUUGUCGUGAGGAGCUGUUCGUUUCGCGUAUAUACCCCACUAGUAGGACAGAGUCUUGUCUCGAGUGCGAACCAUGUCUCAAGACUUUGCUGUGAUUUUGUCGGAAUGGCUGGAAAAGGAGAUGGAAUACGGAGGUCCUGUUACCUCUGACAUGUUGUCCAGAAUGGCUCAUGGUCGAGCGUCAGGAAUGUUUCGUCAUCUGGUGAAGAAAGUCCACUCGAAGCGGACGGUGGAGACAGUCUUGGGAAAUCUUUCUCUUCACUCUAACACCAAGCAGGCUAGACCAUCUAGCCUUCAUCUCUGUCCCCCGCCACCAUCUACAAUGUCUACGAGUGAGAGGCAGAAACUGUUAAGCAAGCGUGAGCGACUACAGCAGCAAGUGCAACACCUGAAGUCCACUAAGAAACAACUUGCCCUCGACCUGUCCCUGCUUAGGAACACACUCACAGAAAAAGAAUCUGAAGUGGCAGCUCACCGAAGUCGCAUCAGUGAGUGUCGACACCAGACUUGUGUUUUGGAGCAGCAAUCUCUCUCGGCCGGUCAACAGCUGCACACUUUGAAUGAGAUGUGCUCCCAAAUCAGGACAAUUAUCACCAACCAACAGGAGAAGCAGAAAGCUGGAAGCAGUACUCAAUAUAGUACAAGUGGUGCAGACGGUGUACUGGAAUCUAUUCCCCUGCAAGAAACACGCACUGCUGUUCAAGAGACAAAGGAGUUCCUUUUUCGCUAUUACCAGGGGCAGUCAUCAGAAAGGAGUCACUUGGAUAUGGACAAACAUUCCGUCUGGUCCAAAGUUGAGUCUCUCUGGAACAAGUAUCCGCCAGCAACUAUCAUCUCCUCGCUACAAUCGCUUGCCGAUGAGCAUGCACAGCUCACCACCCAGCAGACUAGUAACAUUGAUCUGAAGGCGGACUCUGACAAGCUCAGACUGCAAGGUAGCUCUACAUCAUCUCCAACGAUUGCCAACUCACUGCAGAAUUUAAUUCAGACAAGUCAAGUUGAACAUAUCAACCAGUUCACCACCACACAGAAGUUGCUGUGUCAAGCACGCGAGCAAGAACAGCACUUACAAUCUCUUCUGCAGCAGUAUCACGAACGCCAGCAAAGGGCACUCUCCAGUCAGCCUCACUUGCUUGCUACCUCCAGGUCUUCAAUUACCUCUGAAGUGGAGAAGGUUGGCUUGCAGGCUGAGCUACAACAGUGGCAGUCAGCAUUGCGACAGAACAAGGAGAAAUGCCAUCGACGACGGCAGGAGCGAGAAGAUCUGCUUGCCGUUCAUCAGCAGAUUUCUAGUUUCACUGCUGACGUGGAGAAGAACCAGACAUUGAUCAGCGACCUGAUCCAGUACAAUUCCAGUGCAUUCGAUCGCUUGAGUGAACAACAAACUAAGAUUCGUCAGUAUGCUGCCCGGAGCCUGUCAUCUCACCAUUCCGACUUGACAUCUAGCUGUGCAGUGCUACGCGAUCAGCUGCUGGAGUCUAGUCGUGCUGUGCUCAAACUUUCUCUCAACCGUCUCCUUGUUGACAACUCUGAUCGCUCUAGCUGGUGUCCUGUGGAGGAUCUAAGCAUACACAGAAUGCUCUGCAGCACAACCUCCGGUGCCAAUCGUCACCAGGCUGUAUUGCAGCUGCUGCGCUAUCCACAGUUCAAGUGCUCCGAUGGUCUGCUGCAGCAUGUUUGUCAGCUGAUUGAAAGCAAUGUCAAUGCCAGCAGACAUCUGACAGUGCUGUCGGCAGCCUGCAAGAAAGCUAGCAGCAAACAACAGCAGCAACUCAUGGUUUCAGAUCACCUACAAAUGGCCACGUCACUUGACAACAGUGAUCGAACAGAGCUAGUACCACAGUUGACCAGCAGUGGCAAGCACUGUACUGAUACGCUCAGCAAGUGUGUAAUAACCCAACAACUCAUCGAGGAGUGGUGCGAGCAACCAGCACAGUUCACUGUCCCCUGGUCUACAUACCACAGUCAGAGCCUCCAGCAGUGGACCGAACAAUUCAUUGUCCUAGCAACUAAAUGGCAUCAGAAAAAGCUACUGCAGUGAUUGAACAGAGAAACAAAGAGUGACGGGCAGAUCAGCGUACUCCAGCACUGGAUAGAGCUAUCUAGAGCACACAAGGGAUGCAGUUGCUGUGUUACACAUUUGCUUGAUUAGCAGUGGGCCGUAUAACACCUGUCUCGAAUUGUUUCUAGCUACCUAACUUAGUUUGGCAUGUUCUCUUCCUUUUUUUCUUCUUCUCUCGUGCACACAUUUAGCAUGUAUGUGUUGUUGCUGGUUUUAUUACCGUGUAGCUAUGUGCAGUGCAGGCAGCAUUGACUGUGCAGACUGGGAGCACAGGGCAACAGAGUACUAGCCAGAAACCGUCUAAAAUCCACUAUCGGCAUGAAAUGGUUGGAUAGAUAUCUGAAUAUUGAGUGAGGUGAUCUACGCUUGCUUUUCGCGAAACUAACUGAAGAAAUAA